UGGAGUCGAUGUUCUAUUCAGCAAACUUGUAAUUGAAUUUUUUGUCAGUUUCUUUACAAAAAUCACAUAAAACUUGGUGUGAAGGUGAUUUACUGGAUUGCAGUGAUAAAAUUGUUACAAUAUAUGGAUUUUCCGGACAGAAAUAAGUGUCCAAACAACCUCGUCGCCCUGGCAAUGAACAAUGUCUGUGACCGAAUAAAACGGGUCAACGCCUGUGUGCGUCGUGAGGAAUAGUGUGUGUGGUGGUUCAGCACCUGAUUUCAUGGUUCUAAGAGGGCAGCUGCACUGUGGCCCACAGACAGAUGAAGGAAUGGCUUCAGACCAACCCGUGAAGAAGAAGUUGCGGAUUGAUGCUCCCGACAUCGACGAUGGUAGCGACAGAUCGGCCGAGGAUGUCAUUACAGACAUAUUUGACACUGAAACACCACCAGCUGAAACGGCAGAGGAGUUCCCAACAAGAAAUGGCGAGUCACCCGACAGUGGGACGGUCAGUGAGGAUGCAGUGGACUGCUCAGCUAUCCUGAGGCUUCCCAACGAUUCAGGUGUGGAAAUCAUACCAUCCUGCUCGAAUACAGCGCCACAUUGGAGGUCAGAUGAUAACAAAUUGUUGACUGAGCUCCGUUCCCUUCAGGACGCGCUAGUUGGUCAGUGUCUAUGUAGGUUUGACGAAAAUGUCGUCACACAGCUGUUUGACAGGCAACUGAACAUCGUAUCAUGGCCUAUGACUUGCUCACUCACAUAUUUAUCAACAAUGCAGUUAAUGUUUGAUGUUUAUUUGAAACAAAACAGUACAGGGACUAUAUGUUCAAAGAUCAUGGGGGCUUGUGACAUACUGGUUAGAAACAGGCAUGACUGGAUUACUGAAGUAGUAGAACUAGCUGACCAUAAGAGCAAAUUUGUCACUUUUGUUGCCAGUAGGGUGCUGGCUAGUUUCCUAAUAGUCUCAAAAGACACAGUAGAUGAAAACUGGCUCCAACAGAUAGCAGAGAAUAUCUAUUUAUUUGACAGGAUAAACAGAAUAACAGUACAAAAGAUUAACUUCAGUUUGGAUAUCAUAAAAAGGAUAGUGGAGUGGAAAGAUGUUGAACAGCAUCCUUUAGAGGAUAGCCAUUACAUAAACACAGCAGGGAACUUGCAAGUGCAAGAAGAUAACCCAUUUAGAAGUAGUGUAGGUUACAAUGCUAAUCAAGCCUCCAGCUCACAUAGUAAUCUCCACAAUGCUUUUUCAAAUUUGCAAACUAACAGUACACCCUCCACAUCAGCGGGUGAUGAGCCUCCUGAGAGACCGGUGACAUUUAAACUCCAUGAGCCAGUAUUAAAAUUAGAUAGGAGUGACCAAGGAGAGCCUGAUCGGUCUAUCUCCCCAGACCCAGUGCCAUCAAGAAUAGAAAGGGUCAAUGAGAAUGGAUGUGUAACAGUGAUUUUAACAGACUCCGAAUCAUUUGACACAUCCCAUAUAAAGUGCCUAACAAUAAAGACCCUAGAACACCAUUGGCCUGUUUUAGUGAAAAACAUGAAGCUUCUUUUACUACGGUACCUGAAUUUAGCUAAUGCUGAAAACUGUAUACUUACAUUUUUCUCUCUGUGGGAGAAUAUUAUAAGUGUCAAAGCGAAUCUCUCCGUAAUAGAUACUAAACCUUUCUACGCCGAUUUACAAGGCUUUGUAGACUUACUACGGAACACAAUGCUACCAAGUCUGAUAUACACACAUUUAUUGAGUUUGUUCAAUGAAGUUCUAUGCUAUGGUUCGACCUUAGCUUUGCAAGACAUUUUGCCUGAAGAGAUCUGCGGUCUCGCUCACUCCAUAGUCAGAUUCGUAAAGGACUUUAGGUUGUUGAGCGACAUCAGAGUUCAGAACAGCAGAAGUGGUUUUGGUUUCCUUGGCCAUGAAUGUCAAGUCAUCAGGGACUACACUUUAGGGCCCGAAGUUGCACCUUUAACAGCAACUAUUCAAUUAGUAGACCAGAGCUAUGGGGAUGAUGAACAUGAUGAUUCAAAUCAAUCAAGAAGCGAAGUAGACAAGACGAUGUUACAGAGAAUGUCACUGUUAGUUCUCAAAUCCAUUGCUGUAACCGUCAAAGAAAUGAGGUGUGAUUCGUCUGAUAGUUCUAUAGAUUCAUCAGACUACAAUGCAAUACAAGACAUGCAAAUUGUAGAAAGAUCAAUAAGGGAUGUACUUAAAAAGCUUGAUGUUUUUAUCAGGAACAGUCUGGAGUUUCACCCAGAAACACCAUUUACGAAAAUGUUGAUCCACUUAUUUAGUGAACAGGAUGAUUAUUUGAUAGAAUCCAUGGUGUGCACCCUGGAUAUAACUGUGGGGAUUGUAUACAGGAACUCAAUGUACCCAGAUUUAAUACCCAUGCUGAACCCCAUUGCAUCAUUUAUAGAAUUCUUGAAAGUAGUGUCCCAUGAUAGUGAUGUAUUGCUUGAUUACUUAGUGAGCAAUGAAACGUGUUUCCUUCUAUAUUUGCUCAGAUUUCUUAAGUAUGUGAGGAGGAAUUGGCCAAAGUUUCUUGAGACCUGCCAACAAAGCGAUUCUGGAGGAACGAGAGGGCUUGACGAUACAAUGAGAGUUUUAAUACGGUUACGGCUUCAGAUCAGCCGACUGGUUUCGAAAUCUCUUUUCCCAUACAAUAUAAGUCCAGUACUCAGACUUCUAGAAGUUUGUGAAAGCUUGUAUGAAGGCAAUGAAUUUAGCUGAAAACAAAAAAUUUUGCAUUUGGCAUUUGUAUUUGAAAUCUUGUAUUCAUUGCCUGAAUUCAUUAAUGUUGAAAAUUGUACAUUUUUAAUUCAAGUAGUGCAACCAUGAUUUAACAAAGAUAACUCAAUUUUUAUAUAUCUUUAUCAUGAAUUGUAUUAUAAUAUGUAUUUAUGUAUAUUAAGUCAACUCAUCCUUUCACUAUUUUGUAUUUUCAAAGACUGCCAAUUCAUAAUUUUACAUUCCAAAAUUAAAAGACUGCACACAUAUCUAGUGUAUAGAAAUGAGUGUAGUCAGUAAGUGGAGUAAUUAUAAUUUUUAAUAUAGUUUAAUUUAUAUUAACUGUAGUGAUGUAAUAUUUUGUAAUACAUAACUUCUUUUGUAGUGUUAUUUAUCUUUAAUAUACAGUCUUCCAUAGUAUGCUUAAGAGUAUACAAUUCAUCAAAGUUAGUGCAAAACACUUUUAUUGUAUACCAGUGCCUUUUAUGGUAACCCAAUAUUUUGUGCCUUAAUAUUAUUUAAUGAAAUGUAGGUGCUUGUAAAUUUUAAAGGUAUUGCGUAUAUAGUUCCGGAGUAUUUAUCAACAAAAUAGAGUUAAAAUGAUCAAUGCAUGAAAUAUUAUUUUUGCAUAAUAUUUUUAAGUUAAUUUUAGUGUUUAAAUUAUGUUAAGAUCAGUUGUAAUAUAUUUUAGACAUUACACACACUAACUGGAGGUUUAAGAAAUUAAUUAUGAGAUUAAAAAUUGUUUAAGUAACUUAACUACUGAUAGUACUAUCACUUUUGAGUUGGAAAAAAAAGCAACACUCCCUUUCAAAUAAACAAUAUUUCAGGCCUUUUUUUAAAAGCGUUUAUUACCUACACAUAUUUCUCUAAAGCCUCCUGUAAUGUUGUGUUACCCUAAGUGUUGAACUACAUAUGGCCACAUCGCAUCGCUGACGAUAAAAGCGUAGGAAAGUGCGAUGUGUUGUGGCGAGAUGUAGUUCAACCCUAACUCUAGCAUAUUGCAUAUAUCAUGCGGGUAUGUAAGUUUUUACUAAAUUAUAUUCCAAGCCACAAUAAGUGUACAUACAGCGCCAUCUAUACCAUAGCGUAAGUAACUGUAAUCAGUAUUAAUACAAUCCUAAUUUAUAUUGAAUAAUAUACUUUAUAUUAUGUAUAAAUCGCUACUAUUCUUGGUAAACUCAUCUAGGUUAUCAUUUUAGGUCAAUUUUGUUAAAUAGGAAACCCUAAGGUGACCCUGUUAAAACGGGACAAUGCUAGGAAAACAAAAAACAGUAAACCGCCACCUAUGUAUCCUAACGCUUAUGACAGGUAUAACAAUUUCAAUAUCCUUUCCCUUUCCACAGACCUUAGCUUUUUUUUCUUUUCUUUGCUAGAAUGAAAGAUUAAGCUUCCAGCAAUUUUUUGCAUUGACAUGCACAUGCAAGGACUUGUAGUUAUAUCAAAAUGUGCAAAAAUAACAUGUAUUUUGUGGCUUUCCACAAGAACUCUUUAGUAAAUCUAAAUCUUUCUAUUAAGUUUCUGAAAGCUCUAUGAAGCAUGGGUACUUAGUUCAUCUUGCGAUGGAUGUACCUCUGACUACUCUGAAAUAUUUCACAAAACACAUCUUUUGUCUUCGUUUUCAAAAAGAUGAAUACUGUUUUGUAAAUUAUCUGGAUCAGUUUGCCAAGAAUCUUGUUACUUAAUCAUUUCAAUUACGGGAUCUAAUUAAGGUUGAUUUUAGUUGUAAAUGAGCUUUAAAUUAUUGCAACAGACUUUGUACGUUCGGAAUUCCGUUAGAACCUUUUCGUUGAGUUUUACAAGAAAAUCCGCAUUACAUGGUUAGAUCUUCGAACACAGGCUGUCAAUCUUAUUAACGUUUACCCAAAAAUAUCCUAGAAUGUAUGGUCUUUUACAAAUAUCUAGUUAGAAUUUACGUUUAUUACUGGCUACUGACUUAAGUAUUGUAUACACAAGAAUUAAGAGAAACAGUGUUCCAUCUUGAAUAAACAGAUUCCCACCUGAAAAGUGAAACGGAUCAAUGGAUUAUUUCUCACCUCUACAAAGACCAAACAAAAAAGCAGCUAAAUGUCCAUGAUGACAGAUUGCUGUGUUGAGCAGGAUACAUAAAAGAAAAAAAAACUUACGUAAGUUGGCGACGACAUUCAGCUCUAACUAAAUAUUCGCAAAAAGACAAUAUAUUACAGGAUAUUUUUGCAUUUACGACGGUAAUUAUAUUUUCCGGUGUUCGAACUACCCACAUAGUUGUUACUGGCGCCCAACUGUCACUUCACACACACUUUGGCUCUCUGCCAUUUAUUUUCGUAUUGAAUCUCAAUAAGAUUGUUCGCUGGCAGCUAAAACAUGUGAAGCUUAUUGUUUGUAAACAUGAACCUCAUAAACCUGCAAAGGUUUUUUUUAAUAUUGUUAAUGAAUUAACUUAUUUAUACUACCACUGGUACCGUUACUGGUGGACAUUAAGGGUGGAAUUAAUAAACUAAUCUCAGCUUCGAGACUGCCCUCAAGAUGUCAAUGUGACAGUUCUCAUAUAAAAACAGAGAGACUUGAGCAUGAUCUUGAGGGCAGUCUCAGCUGAGAUUCGUUUAUUAGAGUGGUAUGAACCACUCUAACACCCGUAUUCUAAGAUAUUAACUGGAACCUUCAUUGACUCCGUCCACAGUUGAGGCGACCUUAAGGAAGAACUCGAAGUCAGCUCAAAAUCGAUAUUCCUAGACGUCGCCUCAACCUUGAGUUUACUCCAGCGGGGUCGAGUGGAGGCAUGGCGUCAUUAUUUUCGUAUCAUUAUGUUGGCAGUAUGAUAUGCUCGACUCCAGUGAGUAAAGUCCUCAAGUCGAGGACGUAAAGUCAAUUUAUAAAAUGCUCAGCUGACGCCUCGGCCUCGUCGAGUGGAGGAAGUUUCGAGUUAAUAUUUUAGGAUUUUGGUGUAACUUUACUUUGAAAGCUCCUAAAAUAGCUCAAUGUUGCUCUUACACUUAUCGUAAGUUAAGGACGACACUCCUGUUAGAGCUUUCAAACUAAAUUAAGUUUUGCUCGCCAGAACCUCUGCCAACGUUUAGUUUGAUAUUUAAACUAAUUCUCAAUCUGAUAAAGCAAAUUAUUAUUUGUAAACAGACUUAACCAUCAGUAGGCUCUGUGCGAUAACCGCGCGGCGCCAAUUACGUAUAUCGAGGCCUUCGACCAAUAGCCGUUUGACGUCCAUAUACGUAGAUAGCAUUCGUAUCGGCGGUUGUCAUGCAGACCCAGCUGACAAUUAUAAAUGCCCGAUAGAUCUUGCCACACAGAAAAUUACGACUUCUAAUGCAAUUUUUAAUAGGUGUUUCACGUAGUUUUUGGCGAUGUUUUCUAAAAUUUUGUCUAGCUACCAUAAAAAAAUGGUUGUUAUUGUCAUCUCUUUUUACCAAGAGAUUGUUUCGUGUGCGAAAGAGAUGGCAGGAAUUAGAAACAGGUAGCAUUGUACUUAAAUUUCAUAUUUUUGUAUCUAGUGUAGGUAAGUCUAGUACUUGUUAUUGUUAAGUAACAUAAUUUAAUUUAACAACAAUAAAACAAAUAUUUUUGUACAUGUGA